UCGUUGUGUUUCAGAUGUUGGUGUCGUUGAAGUUGGUGCCGUGUGUCGUGCUGCUGAUGCUCUUCACCUCAGGACUGUGUCAGAGUGACAGUCGGCGGGCGGUGUCGGAGCACCAGCUGAUGCACGAUCGCGGCCGCACUGUCCAGAGCCUGAAGCGUCUGAUCUGGCUCUCGUCGGCCAUCGAGGGUCUGCACACGGCCCAGGCCCGGGGACUGGACCCGGGCCUGGACCAGGGACUGGGCCUGGACCAGGGACUGGGACUGGACCAGGGUCUGGGCCUGGACUUGGACCUGCGCCCGGACCCGGCCAACAUGGAGCGGAUGAAGAGCCUGCUGCGGGAAUUCUUCAAAUCCGUGAAGCAGUGAAACGAGAAAAAGAGACUGAGCCGGAGAAGAGCCUCUACUGAUACUCUGCAGCCACGUCACGCGCCGGGCCGGGGGGGUGUGUGCAUGCAUGUCUAUGGCGGAAUGUUCAGCGAGCACCGUCCGAAGGGUUUAAAUAAGUUGGGUGAGAUCUCUGUCCGUCCGACCGUAAUUUAGAAUAAAACUCCGAUAAGUAAAGUCGGUGAAAGUGUCAGACAGAGCCGUGCCUCCGGUUGGCGCCGCCGCCCCGGGGAGCGUGGACGGCGUCGGCUGCGCAGUAUCAGUAGAAGCGUUGAACGGCGUGAGCUUCGGCGCCGCACGUUUCCGAAGCAGGAGCCAAAAGAGUCGCAUGUACAGAAAGACCUGACUCUGUUUCCUCUGUGGACUUUAUAAACGUCCUGUGUUUGUGUUUGUGUGUUUGUGUGUGUGUGUGUGUGUGUGUGUGUGUACAGUGUGUGUGUACAGUGUGUGUGUACAGUGUGUGUAUACAGUGUGUGUGUGUAGUGGUCCGUAGACGUGUCGUGUGUGUCCGUGUGUGUGCAGGAAUGUUUAUUUUCUGAUGAAAUAAAAGAAUGACAGAACCAGA